AGCGGUCUCGCAUUAUGUUAGAAGCGUUCGACGAAAUGACUCGGUAGUGGCGCUUAAUCCCCGAUAGGGAGCGAGAGAGUGGCCGAUUCGCCUCCCUUCUCUCUUCCGAUUUUCGUUCCUUUGAUCUUGGAAGAACCCCUCGGAUUAGGGUUCGGUGGCCUCCCGUCGAUGCGAAGACGAUGCUCGUCUCCUUCUUGUUCGGCUUCGUGGCGGGGUUCGUGGCCCUGGUGGCCGCCGAGGGCUUGGCCUUCCUGUGGCUUAUGGGUCGCCUCCGCCGGAAGCGGCUCGCUGUGGGCGUGGCCUCCCGGUCGCAGUUGAUCGCCCGCGGUCUCGAUGCCGAGCGGUCGCUCACUGUUCCCUUUGAGAAGAAGGGCUCAGUUUGGGUACUAGAACCAAAAAAAGUUCGAAAAAUUAACACUGAUGAAUUGCCAAAAAAAGGGACCAAACAACAAAAGAAAAAUGAUAUCCUGGAGGUUAUUCCUGUCAAAAGAUAUGCUAAAAUUAAGGAUCAGUCAUUAAUCUUGUCCAAUUCUGAUGGUUCUAAAACAACAAUACAACUUUUGGGCUGUACGGUGGUAGCUGUUUCUGCAUCAAAUUUAGCUUCACGAAAGUGGGCUAAAAGGUAUCCCAUUAAAUUGGAGAGCAAUGACUCAAAGAUUUAUAAGGGGAGUAAGGCAUGUUACUUGUACUUUGACACUUCUUGGGAGAAGGAAUCUUGGUGCAAAGCACUCCGUCUUGCUUCCUGCCCUGAUAGGGGAAAAUGGAACUGGUUCUCUCAGUUGGGUGAAGAUUUCCAAGACUAUCUGUCAUCCUUAAGUAUUGAAUAUCCUUCCUUUCUGAAGCCAUCAACGCUUUAUACUGAGACUACUAACAGAACAAGUAGGAUUGAUGAAUCCUCCAGAGUUCAAUUUUUUCUGAAAAAAUUUUCUAAGAAGGCUUCGAAAAAUGCUUUAGAAAGUAGACAAAGUUCAAUCUCAUCAUCAAGUUGUGGUGAAAGGAAGAUUGACAAGAGGUUACCUUCCACGGCUGGUGCAUCAUCAAGUGAUGGAUUUGUAAUUAGUUCAUCUGAAGACAAAUUUUCAACUGCUGAUGAAAAGUUUGUAAAUGAUAAAGGUACACUUUGUUGGAAUCUGUUGCUAUCAAGGCUAUUUUUUGAUGCAAAAAAUAGUAUUGAGAUCAAUAAUCUCAUAAAAGCAUGCAUCCAGACGACAUUGUCAAAUACAAGAAGACCAAGUUAUCUGUGUGAAAUAUCAUGUACUGGCUUAGAUCUUGGUAGCGUUCUACCUUACAUUCAUAGAAUGAGAGUUUUCCCUGUAGACUUGAAUCAGGUGUUGUCUAUGGAAAUUGAUAUCGAAUACUCUGGUGGUAUAAUAUUAGACAUAGAGACAAGACUUAAAGUUCGUGAAUUGGAAUUGCAAAAGGACUUGAUAAAAACAAGUUUAGAAUCAAAUUCUACUUACGAGUUGAAUUCCGAUUUUCUUGAAGGUAUUGAGCAUUAUGGAAACCAGUUGAAAUCUCCAAGCAACUCAGCCACUGGAAUGGGUAACAGAAAUGAAGUGGAUAAAGCAGAUGGCCUUAGAAACUCCAAGAGUGCCAGUUGGACUUCGGGUCAUGUGUCUAGAUGGAAGGCCAUCCUACAUUCUCUUGCUAAUCAAGUUUCACAGGUACCACUUUCUUUGUCAAUACGAGUCAUUUCACUUCGUGGGACAUUGCGCUUAUAUAUAAAGCCACCACCUUCUGAUCAACUAUGGUUUGGCUUCACAACAAUGCCAGAAUUAGAUUGGAAUUUGGAGUCUUCAGUUGGGGAUCGGAAAAUAACCAGCAGCCACAUUGCUUUGCUUAUCAGCAAUCGAUUUAAGGCUGCAAUUCGAGACAGUCUUGUGCUCCCUAAUUGUGAAACCAUAUGCAUCCCAUGGAUGUUGGCUGAAAAGGAUGAUUGGGUACCAAGAAAAGUCGCACCAUUUAUGUGGAUCAACAAUGAAAACACUGAAAUGACAUGGCCUGAGUUUCCGGUGCCCCAUAAUAGGGAAGACAAACCAAAGCUUGAUGGUAGUAACAAAACUAAAGACAGUCUUGAUGACAAAGUUGACGAAGCAAAGAAUGUAAUACAUGUCGAACAGCCAGCGUAGGAAGCCCUCCCCGAGUCUUCCACUUACGGUGGCAGAGUGAUUGGAUCUGCUUCGCCUGAUCAUUCUCAUGGUGGCAUGAAUACUUAGUUGAAGACACCGUUGUUGACCUGUGAAACCGAAAAUAGCUAUAGCCAAAGCAGCAUGGAGGCAGUUGCGACGGGACGAUCAACCAACAUUACUACCUCCUGAGGAAGAUGAGAAGCCAAAGAAGAGUAGUAGGCAUGCGAGGAUGAUGGAUUUGGGAAAGAUGAUGGGAGAUAAGCUGGAAGAAAAGAAACGCCAUAUAGAGGAGAAGAGCAGACAUAUUGUUGAGAAAAUGCGGGAAAAUGCGAGGAUGUGAAGUCCUCAUUUGUUUUUUAAUAUGCUUACUAGCUUAGCUGAUAAAGUCAUUUGAUAGAUUAUCAUAAGAUUGUGGGCUCCUGUGUUUGUCAUUUAUUUUUUGUAAAAAGUAAAACAGUCAAAUUUUGAUUUCACUCAGAACAUUCGAAGUUUACAAUUUUCAUGUAUAGAUGUAUAAGUCAUUUUUUAUUAAUAUAUUAUUCUU